AUGACUGAGAAACGACGCUUCAGAGUGUCGAAUGGCAGCCUCCCGGCGACGAAGAUCGCAACUCUUGCACAAUACCACCCGUUCUCCCAACAGCUCGAUGUCGUCUUUCUAUCCAACCCUGUUCUGCUUGAAUCCUUGAAGAAGCUGGAAACCUCGUAUGCGAAGGGGAAGGCAAAGCUCUCGGAUGUCGUAGCCAAGGCAGACGCGUUCGUGAACCAGGUAGAAGGAGAGAGCAAUCUUCUUGUCGUGAGUCACAGCACCCACGAAGACGAUGCGUGGUGCAUCGAUCCUCGCGGGCAUCUGACGCUCUCUUUGGGCAAAGAUACCUGCGAAUACCUCGGGCUAGUUGGGCAAAAACUGCCAUCAGUGAGAGGCAUGAAAAACGUGCUUUCGCCCACUCAAGAAACACUAGCAACACUAGCGGAGCAGAGCUUUGGGAAACUCUACUGUUCGCGAGAUCCAGGCACCCCUCCCGAAGGACCGUUUCAAGACGGGCAAAUCCGCCGGGUGCUGUGCCAGAAGAAAGAGCUUCUGGACGUGCAUAUACCCGUCCUGAGCCUUGCAUCUCCUCCGCAACCGCCCCCGUCCAAGGUGGAGAGCGAACAGCAAUUUGACCAUGCUGAAGCACACGAAGAUUGGUCGCGUCGCGUUCAAAGCCUCUUCGAAUGGGCUGGCAUGGCUGCCCUCGGGGCACAAAGGCUGAACGCAAACGAUCGUGUCGAUCCGUACGUGGCGCUCUAUGAGCCUCCAACGCCGUCUCGCGUUGGGAACGUAACCCAUCUGCAGUGGGGCCUGCUGAGCCCUUGGUUUGUCCAGCAAAUUCUCGAUGCUGCAAUGAAAGUCUGCAGUCUGUGCCUUCAUCGGACAUUCUCCGUCUUUCCUCAUACCCUAAAUUCCAGCUCAACUCUCCAAACCACGCCAAGCCCCUCCUCCAAUUUCGCGAGCAUAACCUGCCACGCCCUGUCCUCAUCACCCGUAUCCUACAUACACCACAACGGAUACCGGUGCGCUAAAAGCGCCUACGCACGUUCCCACAAAGCUACCCCGAGCAGAAGGCGAAGACACGUGGAGUUUGUUCUUCGAGCGACCACACGAUGGCUCUGA